GGAAACACUGCCUUAUGUAAUGACAGAGAUGCUGGCUUUCUUAGACACGAGUCCCAUGUGAUCUCGCAGGCAGCAUUGGAGAGGCUGUGCGGUUGCAUGCAGAAGGAAAUGAGCUUUGUGUAGAGUGCAGAUCUGAUGCAGAAUAUCACAGCGGUCGACGCAGAAUGCACCAGCUAUGCUGAGCCAGUACUGAUCAUUGGUAAUCGCCUGAUAAUACAGCAUCGUAUGCGACAGUAACCGGGGCCCUUUGUCGCUAUUAGAGAAGCUGGUUUGGGCACCAACGUCCGCUUCUGACCAUGCAAUCUACCAGGAAUCAACGUUUUACGGAUUAUUAUUAGGAUUUAUUCAGGUGGAGAGGGUAUGGAUGGGCAAGCAGCGUUCUGAGCAGGUGCAUGUGACAGUACCGCAGCUAUGAGUGGCAUCUUAAAGAGGAAGUUUGAAGAAGUCGAUGGAUCUUCACCUUGUUCCUCUGUCCAGGAAUCAGAUGAAGACAUCUCCAGUAGUGAGAGCGGAGACAGCAGUGACAGCAUUAAUCCGUCCAAUUCAAGUCCCUUCACACCAUCAUCAAUUCUAAAAAGGGAGAAACGACUCCGAGCUAAGAAUGUGCGCUUCAACUGUGUCACGGUGUAUUACUUCACCAGGAGACAAGGGUUUACUAGUGUGCCCAGUCAAGGGGGCAGCACCUUGGGGAUGUCUAGCCGUCACAACAGCAUUCGUCAGUACACUCUGGGAGAGUUUGCUGUGGAGCAGGAUCGACUGCAUAAAGAAAUGUUAAGAGACCACCUUAAAGAAGAAAAACUCAAUACUCUCAAACAGAAGAUAACUAAAAACGGCACAAUAGAGUCGGAGGAAGCCAACAUUCUUACUCUAGAUGAUAUUUCCGAUGAUGACAUUGACUUGGAUAACACUGAAGUAGAUGAGUAUUUCUUUCUACAACCUCUGCCAACGAAGAAGCGGAGGGCCUUGUUACGUGCGUCUGGGGUGAAGAAGAUCGAUGUGGAAGAAAAACAUGAGCUGCGAGCCAUCCGUCUGUCUAGAGAAGACUGUGGCUGUGACUGCAGAAUAUUUUGUGAUCCCGAAACGUGCACUUGCAGUCUUGCAGGCAUAAAAUGUCAGGUGGAUCGUAUGUCUUUUCCCUGCGGAUGCUCCAAAGAAGGAUGCAGCAAUACAGCUGGACGAAUUGAGUUUAACCCUAUCCGCGUACGGACACAUUUUUUGCACACAAUCAUGAAGAUGGAGUUGGAAAAAAACCGCGAGCAGCAGGUGUCUGCAGCAAACGGUUGCCAUAGUGAUGUUGGUUCAAUUGCCGGUUCUAUGGUCCAGACCGGCCAUCCCGUAGAAUAUUCUAUUGCAGAGAAUUUCGAAAUUGAAACAAACCCUCAAUCUGCACUGAUGCACUUUCAAAAUACAGAGCACCUUGACUGCAGUGGUGAAGAGGAGGAAGACGAUGGGAGUAGUUACUGUAGCGGAGUAACUGACUCCAGCACACAAAGUUUAGCACAGAGCGAUUCAGAUGACGACGAUGAAGAGGACGGUGAAGACGAUGAGGACGACGACGAUGGUGACAAAUCGGAUGACUUUAAUGAAGUAUCCCAUGAAGACAACCUGUCUAUACCUUCAGUGCUCUGCUACUCAGAUGCCAAUUCGAUGCAUGAAAACCAUUUAAAAAAUUCUCAAUAUUACGCCAACACCUCGCCAAUGUAUUACCAAAUAGACAACGAUAAUUCUGGUGCCAUGAAUCAAAUGACAGAAGCCUACUCGGAACAAGAUACAGUGAAAAAUGGUGCUGCCAAUUUGGUGCCUUACAACGUGAGACCUGAGCAGUUUGUUGACUAUUCAAGGCAGUCCAGUGAAGGCUUCACCAAUUCUCAUUACCCCGUAACAAGUCCAUCAGUGAUAGUCUGCUGCGCAACUUCGGAAAAUGACAACAACGGUCACUGCAAUACUUUGUAUGCAGAACAUCGGUCAAGUCUCCCUCCAGUAGGGUUUCGAUCCUAUUUAAAAAAUUCCUCAUCUGAUGGUUAUGUAUCAAACUUAAAUGGUGGCGGCCAUCAUGUACCUGAACUUCUGAAUGAAAAUUCCAUAUCUGAGGCCAGCAAAUUUCAUGAUGAUUGCAUGAAAGCUCCUGUAGUGGAGACUGUACCAGUUUAAUGGGGUCCAGUUGACAAAUCAUGUACUUGCUAAUCUCCUUUCAUUGUGAUUUACUUAAAAAAGAACUGAAUUUUUAUCCACGGACCAUAGAGAUGAACAUACUUUCUUCUUAGUCCUAAUUUAAGGUUCACUUUUUACGUCAUCAUGACCAUGGCACUGCACAACAACACUGUUUACCAAUGCUUAAAGUAUUUAAAGAUAUUUGUUCAUUAGGAAAUGUUAAUUUAAAUAUGGUAACCAUGAUAUAAUUCAACGGGAGUCUUCAUUCGAAAGGCCGACUAAAUUCAGUCUUUGUAUAUUUAAGGGGUCAGUGCAAAAUUGAUCUAUGAUUCUGGACCAAGGGGAGAUCACCCUUGGCUUUCGCUGUUUUGGUUGAACUACGAACCCCAUCAUUGCCAUUUUGGGAUUUUUAGUCCAGCUACAACAAGAUAACAUUAAAGAAAAAAUACUUUGUGGUUUUGUGAUAAAAUAUAGUUCUGUGAUUUAUUUAUGAAGCUUAUAUGUAUCAUUCUAUGUGCCCCAUUUUCCCCAGUUUUUGCUUUUUAUUGACUUAUGGACAUGUUUUAACCUGCAAGAGGAUAGUUAAAAGAUUGCAAUAUAUUGUACCCACAAAAUAAUUGGGAUUCAGGGUUAAUAUAGACAAGAUGACAAUCCUGGAAGCUGUUUUCUUACAACAUUUGCCGAUAAUGCUGUAAAUUUUAUGUACUGUACUUGGGUCAGUGCUAAAGAACAAAGUCCCAGAUUGCAAAAGUCUUUUACGUUAAAAUAUGGCAAAUGUACCAGUAA